AUGCAGUUACUAUUCGUCUUACUUCAGCUAUGGACAUUUGUGGCCGCCAUCACAGAUGAAACCCCUCAGCACAGUGAAAACUGUAAUGGGUCGACAUUCACGGCACCAGUCGUGCCAGGCGCAAAGGUCCUUUCCAUAACCGCAGAAGCGAAGCGCAAUGUCGACAUGCCCGCAACCCCAGGUUUGUUUCAGCCACUUUCAGACCUAAACUUUUGCGAAAUCAAGGUCUAUCUUGCACACGAAGGGUCUGACGACAAGGUUUUGGUCCAGACAUGGCUACCCCUCUCACAAGACUUCUGGAAUGAUCGUUUUCAAGCUACAGGUGGCGGUGCUUGGGCUACAGGAAUGCUUGAUAUCGCACUCGGCCCAGCAAUUGCUAGCGGCUAUGCAGCAUCGUCCACCGACGGAGGACAUUUAUUUGACUUCUUAGCCGCUGAUUGGAUGCUGAACGAAGACAAAAGCAUCAAUUGGGAUUUGGUACACAAUUUUGCAACAAGAAGUCUAGCAGAGCAGGUAUAUGUUGGAAGAAGUCUCACAGAGCAGUUUUACGGCCGACAGCCCCGCUACUCGUACUGGAACGGAUGCUCACAGGGCGGUCGACAGGGCUUUGCUAUGGCCCAGAGAUAUCCGGGCUUACUCGAUGGAGUGCUGGCUGCCGCACCCGCCCUUAAGUUGCUAGAUGUAGUCUUGUCAGGGAUUUGGCCAAUUGUUGCGAUGCAAGAGGCGGGCACACUGGUAAGCAACUGCGAAUUUGACUGGUUCGCAUCGAUGGCUUUGGAGGAAUGCGACAUACUAGACGGUGCCAAGGAUGGAGUCAUUGGAGACCCGGAAGCUUGUCGAUUCGAUCCACUGAGUGUUAUUGGGCAAAAGAUGGAAUGCUCUGGACACAAAAUUGAGGUCACAGGCGCUAUGGCAGAUGUGGUCCGCCGAAUUCAUCAGGGUCCCACCACGCCAUACGACAUCAAUAUUUUCCCCGGACUCCCUCAUGGGACACCCCUUAACGCUAUUUUGAAUAUCACCAUCGACUCUUAUGGCGUUCGCACUCUGAACGACCCAACAGCGCUUGACGUCUUCCCCCGUGCAAUUCUUCUCAAGGAUCUUACGCGAAAGAGGAGUUGGCCUGGCUUCUCGCACACAGCUAAUUUGGAUCUUUCGGCUUUUCGCGCCACCGGUGCCAAGCUGCUGAGCUGGCACGGCAUCAGCGAUACUACAAUACCUUACCCGAACACGAUCAGGUACCGUCAGCGCGCUGAGAGAGAUAUGGGAGGUACAAAAGCAGUCGAUGAUUACUUUCGAUUGUUCCUUGCUCCGGGUGUGGGUCAUUGCGGACUCGGGGUGGGCCCAGUGCCAAUUGAUCCUCUGGAAAGCUUGAAGGACUGGGUAGAGAAGGGAGAGCCGCCGGAGACGCUCACCUCGGAAACCAAGAAUCAGGAUGGGGAACUGGUGACCAGAGAUCUAUGUCGAUACCCUAGAAAACCGAGAUACCUGGCCACUGGAGACAUUAACGAAGCAAGCAGCUGGGGUUGCGAGGAUGACUUGGCGAGUGGUUUAGAGGAUGCUCUUUUGUAG